UUAAAGGCACCAGUGACCUUUUCACCGGAAGCAGUCAGUGUAAACAGUGCGCACAUUUGGAGGUGAGAGCGAUAUUUUUCUACCCAGCAGAGAAAAUGUCUAAAAACACGAAAAUAAUGUUGGUGUUUGGAGGGUUUGUGACGGCCGUUGCUGCUGCGUUUUACCCCAUAUUUUUUUACCCCCUCACACACAAAGACGAGUACAGAGAAGUCCAAAAGGUGAACCGGGCAGGGAUCAACCAGGCAGAUGUGCAGCCUGCGGGUAUGAAGAUAUGGUCUGAUCCAUUCAAGGCUGCAAGCAAAUGAUGACCACAGUGACCCCUUCACUGAGACGCUGCUGCAGACUCUGAGUACAGAGUGUCUUUUUGAUAUGUGCUUGGUGUGUGUGUGUGUGUGUGAGUGAAUGACUGUUGAGUGUUAAGUUACCUGUUAAAUAAACUAUAAUCGACUACUUAAGAA